UGUGUGUCUGUCUUCUUCGUUGAAGUUCUUUGUUUUGGUUCCAUUUCGAUCGAUUUGUUUGUUUUGUAUUGUAUCAAGAUUAUGUGUGUGAUGUGAUGAUGUGAAAUUCUUAAUGGUAAACUAAUAUUCUAGAGUACUCAUAAAAUAAACCAUUUUGUUUUUAAUAAUUUAGAAAUGCCACGAAAAUGUUACUUGACUUGUUUGCUCAACUCUCAUCCUCCUAUACCUUUGCCACACAAUAUUGAAACAGUAAUUGGCCGUAGUAAGUUAACGAAAAUAAAAGAUCAGUCGUGUUCUCGAAAUCAACUGUCCAUCAAAGCAGACUGUGAAAAUUGUUCUGUUGAACUCAAGCAGUUGGGGCUAAAUCCUUCAGGAUUCGAUGGCUUCUCCAUGACCAAAGAUGCCGUUUACAAAGUAGGGCAUAACACAAGGAUUGAGGUGCUACUUAACAACCAUGUCCAUUUAUUAAAGUUUGACCCACCACCUGUGGAUCAUUCAAAAGCUGAAGGAAAAAGGAAGUUAGAAGACAUGGAACCAGAGCAAUCAAGUAGAAAAUCUAUGAAAAUAGAGGGAGACAGCAAGCCCUGUGAUGUGAAAGCUGCACCAGAAAGUGCGUGGGAGAAUGUAGACUCAGGGGAACUGUACAUAUACACAGCCAAAGGUGUUAAAUCAAGUGAAAAGAUUGCUGCAUUUGAUAUGGAUGGUACUUUGAUAACACCGAAAUCUGGCAAAGUAUAUCCCGUUGACAUCAGUGAUUGGAAGAUUGCAUUUCCUACAGUAGCACAGAAACUUAAAGAACAGAUAGAGCUGGGCUUUAAAGUUAUUAUUCUCAGUAACCAAGCACCUAUUGGAAGUGGUAGAGUCAAGAUUGAAGACUUUAAGAAAAAAAUAGAGAACAUAGUUCGUAAACUCAAUGUGCCAAUUCAAGCUUAUAUUGCAACUGGGAAAGGUUUCUAUAGGAAACCUACCACAGGAAUGUGGAAAGUCCUUUCUGAAGAGAAAAAUGAUGGCCUAGUCAUAGAUAUGGAGAAAAGCUUUUACUGUGGUGACGCGGCAGGCAGAACUGCCAACUGGGCCCCCGGGAAGAAGAAAGACCACUCCAUGGCUGACAAACUGAUGGCUGAGAACCUUGGCCUGACCUUCUACACGCCUGAAGAGUUCUUCCUAGGACACAAGCUGUCUGAUGUGCUCAUGAAGAAACCAGACUUCCAUCCCAAGCAGUACACGGCUGAGCCAUUUGAUCAAAGACUGAUUAGCUCAGAAAAGGAGAUCCUAGUCCUAGUUGGCUUCCCAGGGAGUGGCAAGUCGUUCAUAGCUAGAGAGAUAAUGAAGAAGUCUGACAACAGAUAUGUGUCAGUCUGUCGCGACGAGCUUGGGUCCUGGCAGAAAUGUGCUUCCACAGCUACCAAGUUUAUACAACAAGGCAAGAGCGUGAUAGUCGACAGUACAAACCCCGACAGGGAGUCCCGCGCGCGCUGGACCGCCCUGGCCCAGGAACUGGGCGUGGGGAGCCGCUGCGCCAAGAUGGCGGCCUCGCUGGCACACGCUCGACACAACAACAAGUACCGCGAGCUCAGGAAGGAGAAGCAUCUGCCUGUCAGCGAUAUCGUGUUCCAUAGUUAUAAAAACAAAUUCGUGGAGCCAUCAACGAAGGAGGGCUUCAAGGAAGUACUUACCGUCAAGUUCACUGGAACAUUCGAGAAUGAAGACGCGGAGAAAAUGUACAAGUUGCACCUUCUAGAGAAAUGAAUCGACUGCUUAGGUAUUUAUUUAUGAGUUUAACUCU